CAUCUCGCUGUCAAGCCCGUUUUGACAGCUUGACAGUUCGGAAAUUUGAAUUGCUAAGUGGAUUGAGACAUGUAUUAAUAUUUAACGACUCGAAGAUUGAUACCGAUACCGUUUACAUUAAAGGUGUUUGUAAACAGAUAGACUUUUACAAGAUGGCGUUCGAAGAUCGCUGCAGUCCUAAUCAGGCCAACAGCCCCGGUCCAGUUACUGGUAGAGUCCCGGCACCUCAUUCUAAUACAGUCGAAGUGAGAAACGCGUACCAAAGUCAGUAUACUUGCACAACCAUAGAUUCUAGAUUUGACAGAUCAAUGACAGUCGUCAAAGUGCAGCCUAACUCGCCGCCAAUGAGUCCCGAACACAGUCAGAAUGAAAUGGACUACCAAAAUUACUUCAGACCAGAAACGCCAGACGUGAAACCUGUAAUCCAAGGCAGUUUUGAUGACAAGAGGAUCCGCCAGCCUCCACCUACAAUCCCGUUUUCGAUAAGCAACAUUUUACACCCGGAGUUCGGGCUGACUGCGAUUCGAAAAACGAACAAAAUAGAAGGACCAAAACCCGUUGGUCCCAAUCACAGUAUUUUGUACAAACCUUAUUUAUCGAACGAUGGGUCAAAGGACUAUUCGAAAUUUAAUUUUGAUUUUUGUAAAUCUAAGGAUGAUUUUGGUGCAUUACCACCCCUCGGCGGUUUAAGGCAGACUGUGUCAAAUAUCGGAGAGCAGGUACAGAAAGAGCCACCAAAGAUUGUAGAGGCACAAAAGAGGCCGGACUCAGCAAGUUCUAUAGUCUCUUCUACUUCAAGCGGGGCCCUGUCCACGUGUGGGAGCACAGAUACCAACAGUCAGAGUGGGAAUAGUAAUCUAUGGCCGGCGUGGGUCUACUGUACGAGAUACAGCGAUAGGCCUAGUUCUGGUCCGAGAAGUAGAAGAAUGAAGAACAAGUCGGUUCCAGAAGAGAAGAGACCGAGAACGGCUUUCAGUGCAGCGCAACUGGCUCGACUAAAGCACGAGUUCGCCGAAAACCGCUACCUCACGGAAAGAAGGCGGCAAUCCCUUGCAGCGGAGCUGGGACUCGCUGAGGCCCAGAUCAAGAUCUGGUUCCAGAACAAGCGGGCGAAGCUCAAGAAGGCCACAGGCCAGCGCAAUCCCUUGGCCUUACAGCUGAUGGCGCAAGGGCUGUACAACCAUAGCACGGUGACUGAAAGUGAUGAGGAAGAAGAAAUUCAUGUCACGUAGCCCUAAUACCUAAUUAACAGUAAUAAUGUGUAUUAUUGUAUCUUCGCCUUAAUAGAAUCAACUGAAUGUUAUACCGCAAACUUUCCUCUUACUUUAUUUGCUAACAUCACUAUUCUGUACCUACUUAUAAAAAUAUCUGUCUACGCUCCAAACCGCUAUCUGAUGCAUUUACGUUAGAAGAAAGUACUGGCGUUAUUUUUUCUACUCAUAAACUACAUUGUGGUUCGUAUACACUUUUGGAAAAGUUCGUAAAACCAUUUAUUAAAUAAAUAAGCAUGACUCUCAAUAAAAAAUCACAAUCGCCUCCCAUACAAGACUCGGAGUGAUUAGCGUUCGAAUCCAAUUUCAAUACCAAGUUUAAUAGGCUCAGACAGACA